GUUUAUCUAUGUUUUGGAAUUGGUGUUUUGAAUUUUUCCAAAUAGGGAAAUUUCAGAAAUUGUGUAAAUAUUGAUUAUUUACAAAAAUUUGCAAUUGCACAUAACAAAAGAACGAUGGAUGAUUCUGGUAGAAUACAAACUAAUUAUUUGAAGAAAAAUCUUCAAGAACAACUCAACCGUUUGGUGGAGCAAUUGGAAGAUUUAGAAAAAUAUAAGAAUGAUAUGGAUGAGGAAGAAUAUGUAGAAACUAAGAAAGAAACUAAUGAAGAGUUGAAAGAAUUCAGUGAAAAAUUGGAGAAAUUAAUGAAAGGCGAUAUUUCUCUAGUAAGCGCUUUAGGUGCAGUAAGGCUCGCAACAAAGCUGGCCAUAUCAAAUGCUUUCAAAACCCCAGAAAUCAUUAAAAUAUUUGCUAAUCGUGAUUCACAAUUAUUACGUCAAAAAUUGAAACAAAUUGAAGAUGAGAGCCAGCUAAAGAAAAUUGAUAUAGAUAAUUUUCAGAGACAAAAGGCUGAAAUUUUAACUCUUCUUCGGCAUCUUGGAGAACAAUUAUCAAGGGAAGAAUUACAGCUUCUUGAAAAGCACAACAAUAUAACUAGUGCCUUUGAAAAUGUUGAAUUUGUAGAGGUUGACGAAUAAUAGUAUGGAGCAGACGCCAUUGUGUUAUAUCCUCUCCAAUUUACUUAUAAAAAUUUUUCAAUAAUCAAUAGAGUAAUCUAUGUAAUAAAAUAAUUCAAAUAUUAUGAAAAAAAUAAAACAUCAUUGUUUCAUGGAA